AUGCACACUGCACUUCAUAUUAUUAUAUUGUCUGAUUAUUGGAUUGUGUGGAUUCUGGAGUCGAAUAGGGGACAGCCAGAAGAGGAUGAUUUGGAUACUACUGUGGAUACAGUAGAAAUCAUUGAUAGUAGUGAUGAUGACGAGUUAGAAAAUAACGACUGUUUCGAUCAGAAGAAAACUGAUUUGAGAUAUCACGACUUAAAAUGCAGCAUUUGUAAAUCAUUCUAUCACGAAUCAAUUAAAAAAAGAACUCCGAAAUUGUUGUCAUGCGGACAUACGGUUUGUUCUGGAUGUGCAAAGAUGCUCUGCAAAUUAGACUUCAAUAUCUGCAUUUCUUGUCCAAUAUGUAGAGAGGAGACUGACGUUGAUUACAUUGAAUUAAAGAAGAACUACGCUCUGCUCGGGGUUAUUCAAGAAAUGAAGCAGGAUAGAAAGGCGGUUCAACGAAGUUUGUAUCCGUUGGUUUGCUUGCAAAUUAUGCAUACAGCACUUCAUAUUAUUAUAUUAUCUGAUUAUUGGAUUGUGUGCGUUCUUGAGUGGAAUAGGGAACAGGAUGAAGAUAUUGAUUUGGAUACUACUGUAGAUACUGAAAUAAUUGAUAGUAGUGAUGAUGAACAAUUGGAAGAUAACGAAUGUUUCGAUCAGGAGAAAAACGAUUUGAGAUAUCACGACUUAAAAUGUAGCGUUUGCAAAUUAUUCUAUCACGAAUCAAUUAAAAAAAGAACUCCAAAAAUGUUGUCAUGCGGACACACAGUUUGUUCUGGAUGUUCAAAGAUGCUCUACAAAAUAGACUAUGUCUAUAUCCAGUGUCCAAUAUGUAGGGAAGAGACUGACAUCGAUUAUAUUGAAUUAAAGAAGAACUACGCUCUACUCGGAAUCAUACAAGAGAUGAAUCAAGAUAAGAAAUCGGUUCAACGAAGACACAGUCUUUCAUAG